AUGAUUGAUGAGGGGACAAGAAGAGACAGUCCGUCGACUGAUGAUACAAAGACCGGUCGAUGCCUCAGCAUGGUACAAGGAUUUGAAAGGCGAGAAGCAUCGACAGAGCUCGAGUUUACGAUGACCCAAUCCAACGAUGGAGAGCGAGCAGAGCUGCUGAGCUGA